AUGAAACAGUCGAUCACACGAUACAUACAAGCAUGUUUAUCAUAUCAACAGCACAACGUUAGUCAAUUGAAAAAACCUGGUAAUUUACAACCGAUCACUCCUCCAGAAGGACUAUUUCAAUUAGUUGGUAUGGAUUACUGCGGCCAACUUAAAUCAACACCUCGUGGAAAUCAAUAUGCACUCUGCAUUACAGAUUACUUGACGAGAUGGAUAGUUGCUGUCUCUGUACCCGAUUGCUCGGCACAAACAACUGUCGAAGCAUUAUUCAACGAAUAUAUUUGCAGAUAUGGGGUACCGAUAGUGAUAUUAUCUGAUCAUGGAACGCAUUUCCACAAUCAAUUGAUGGAUGCAAUGUCGGAAUUAGUUGGAUAUAGUCACAUAUAUUCAACCACUUAUCAUCCUCAAUCGAAUGGUAUGAUCGAAAGAUUCAACGCGACAUUGGUUCCGCAAAUCACCAAACUUCAGGACAGAGAACACAACAAUUGGGAUGAAUUCUUGGCACCAGUGGUAUUUGCAUACAACGCUGGAACCCAUUCGACAAUCGGAUGUUCACCGUGCGAGUUGUUAUUAGGCAGAGAACCGAGAUUAUCCAUGAACCAACCAGUAUCAACAUUCAUAUUUCGAAGGCCAAAUGAUUAUUAUGAACAGGCAAAAUCAAUACAAAGAACGAUAUGA